GCAAAUAUGGAGGCCGCAUAUGUAAACAAAUAGUUUUCGGCUGCUUCCAGCGGGAAGACAGAUCUUCAAUCUGAAAUUUUCCAUGGCUUCCUCCAACGUGUUCGCACUCCCAAAUCUUAAUAAGGAGCCAGACGAAUUUUUCGCCUACACUGACAGCACACGAUUGCGGAAAACCCCGAUUAUAAUCGACAAUGGAUCCUUCGAGUGUCGAGCUGGUUGGGCUAUUGACGAGUCACCUCGCAUGGUGUUCAAAAGUGUCACAGCCAAGCAAAGGGGGAAAAAGGAAAGUGAAGUCCAAGUGGGGAAUGACAUCGCCAACAUCGAGGUUGUGCGGUGGCUCCUCAAGACACAGUUUGAUCGGAAUGUGGUCACGCAUUUUGACAUCCAGGAGCAAAUAUUCGACCACAUUUUCAACCAUCUGGGCAUUUCAUCCGAAAGUCGGGUUGACCAUCCGAUGGUGCUGACAGAGGUUGUCGCCAAUCCAGGCUACUAUCGUCAAAAUAUGUCCGAACUACUGUUUGAAUGCUAUCAAGUACCGCAGGUUGUCUAUGGCAUCGAUGCCCUAUUCAGUCUUCACCAUAAUCACCCCAAGAAAUCAGAGAAUGCCAUGGUCCUUUCAUUUGGUCACCACACCACUCACGUAAUCCCUGUGCUGAAUGGUCGAAUUGAUGCUGAAAACUGCAAAAGAAUUAGUUUAGGGGGCAGCCACAUCACUGCCUAUUUGCAGCGGUUAAUGCAGCUGAAGCAUCCUCACCUCAGUGCCGCUGUCACACUAAGCAGAGCUGAGCAUCUUGUCCACGAGCAUUCCCUCAUUGCUGAGAACUAUACUGAAGCUUUGGAGCAGUGGAUGGAUGGUGACUAUUUCGAAAAACAUUGCAGGCGAGUUCAACUUCCUUUCAACCCGGCACCGAGUGGAAUGGGAAGCUCUGGAGUUGGCAAAAUGGACCAUUGCCUGAAUAUUGUCAAGAGGGUACAAGAGGCCAUUGCAAAGAGGAAGCAAGACAGGCUUUCAGAUGAUGAAGAGAAGCUGCAACAGCUGAUCAACAUACAGGAACUCCUUGAGUUUGAAGAUGAAGCAACCUUUCAGAGGACUCUCCAGGAGCUGGGCUUCUCCAGUAUUGAAGAGCUCACCUUGGUGAUCAACGAACUGAGGCGGCAGGUGCAGCAAGUUAAGAACACCCUGGUGGGAACCACUGCUGACUCGGACUUUUUGGAAAGCCCGAUGAAGCGUGCCUGCUCUGACCUGGAUCCCCGCCUCUUUCCUGAGCCCGACGCAUGGAUCGCCGCCGUGAGAAAGCGGCGAGAGGAACUUAAAGAUAGGAGAAUGCAGCAACAACUAAGGCUCCUGGAGAAAGCCCACAACCCAGCACUGAAGUCAAAGGUGAAGAAGAAGGAUCCCCAGUUUUCCGAUAUAGAUCUGGAUGAUUGUGACUACACUGAGGAGAUUGAUGAAAUGGAGGAAAUUAUCACCGAAUUUGAAAGAGACUUCAAGAAAAAGCCACAGCUGGGUUCUGAACAGAGCAGUGCCAGUAUUGCUGAAUACUACCAGCUUCAGCUGGGCAUUGAGAGGAUCAGGGCCCCCGAAAUACUCUUUCAGCCGAGCAUGAUUGGCCUUGAACAGGCCGGACUUACGGAAACCCUGGAGUUUGUCUUCUCGAGGUACACCAAGGAACAGCAGUCUUUCUUGGCUCAGAAUGUGUUUCUAACCGGUGGACCGGCUUCGAUUCGAGGAGUUCAAGAACGUUUACGUGCUGAGCUCCUGGCAAUGCGCCCGUUUCAGUCUACAUUCUCAGUGUCGUGCGCCAAAAAUCCUGGGCUGGACAGCUGGAAAGGUGCAAGACAGUGUGCCACCCAGAGGGACUUCCUGAACAAGUUUUCCAUCCGGAAGGCGGAUUACGAAGAGAAGGGAGGCGACUACUUGAGGGAGCACGCCUGUGCCAACGUCCCCACGCUGUCUCCAGUACUGGCUUCCACAAAGUCCCUGGUCCUGCCAGCGAACACGCUGUGAUUCUUUCUGCCAGGGAGCACCGUUAAAGGGCCACUAUAAAGAAACAAAAUGUUUUUUUAAACAGUCUGGUUGGGACACGUGUGUCAAGAAAUAUAUUUUAUGGGAAGAAAAUAAUUUUUAGAGCAAUAAUGAUUGCGCGAGAUUUCUGCGCGCAAAGUCCAUGACGUCACGGGAUGGUCAUACACUCUUUCCGCCUCAACGAGAUGGUCGUACACUCUCUCCACCUCAACAUGAUGGCCAAGCCGAUCCACCUGUCCCCCCACGUGCCCGAAAUGCCGAGAGAAAAAACAAGUGGAAAAGAGUGGCUUUUGAACGUCUUUUGUCAUCCAGCAACAUCCAUCGUUACGAUAGUGAAAUAAACUGCAUAUGAUCAGCAACUUA